AUGUAUGUAAUAGCAGAAAUCCCUUCCCAAGCAACAACACCAGAAUUGUACAAAAUUGUCUCUCAACAUAUGAUUCAUGGUCCCUGUGGACUUGCAAACCCCAAAUCGCUAUGCAUGCAGGAUGGAAAAUGUUCUAAAAAAUAUCCAAAAGAGUUUUCUGAACAGACUGUACAGUUACUAGAUGGAUAUCCUAUGUACAAAAAAUCUAACAGUGGUUCAUCAGUUCAGAGGAGUGGUGUUAUACUUGAUAAUCGUUGGAUUGUUCCAUAUAAUCCUUACCUUUGCUGUACGUACUCUGCUCAUGUAAAUGUUGAGAUACAUUCAAGUGUAACUGCUGUGAAAUAUUUGUACAAAUAUGUUUACAAAGGACACGAUAGAGUUAUGGCUAGCAUUCAAUCUGAUGAACACAAUGAAAUACAAAAUUAUGUUGAUGCAAGAUAUAUGUCUGCUUCAGAGGCAUGUUGGCGAAUUUUUCAUUACGAUCUUCAUGACAGAUCACCUGCAGUUCAACGACUUGCAGUACAUCUUCCUGGACAACAUACUGUGCUCUAUAAAGAUGGAAAAGCAGUGGAAGCUCUUCAAACUUCAAAGGACACAACUUUGACAGCUUGGUUUAAAGCAAAUCAGGAAAUUCCAGAAACAAGAAAUAUUCAUUAUCAUUUAUUUCCAGAGCACUUCACAUGGAAUGUUUAG